AUGGUGCGCCAGGCAGGCAGAGUAGCUGCGCGGGCCGGGAGGGAGGGAACCGUCUUGGGCUGGCGACAAGCGGGAGGGAGUCGUCUUUCUUUCUCUCCCAGCUUUCCAGCCCCAGCCAUGAGCGUGGGUGGGCCGGCGACCGGCUCCAGAGCCUGCGAGUGCCAAGGUGGAGAGAGCCAACACGCCAUUCUGUAUUCCUUGCUGAGCAGAUCCCGGGGCCCCUCACCUCACGCCCACUGCCUCUGUGCCCGGAGCCGCACGGUGUGCCUCCGGGCUCCCCAGCACACCUGCCUGGCAGCGGCAGGUGUGCUGGCCAAAACAGUUGCUUUCCUGCGGAACCUGCCCUCCUUUGGCUUGCUGCCCCCGGGGGAUCAGAGGCUACUACUGGCCAACUGCUGGGCCCCCCUCUUCCUCCUAGGGCUGGCCCAGGAUUCGGUCACCUUUGAGGUGACCGAGAUGCCAGCCCCCAGUAUGCUCAAGAAGAUUCUGCUGGAAGAGAGGAGCCCAGAACCCCAAAGACCCCAGCCCACCCUGGCAGGGGUACAUCGUCUCCAGUGCUGCCUCCAUACCUUCUGGAGUAUGGAUCUGAGUCCCAAGGAGUAUGCCUACCUCAGGGGGGCUAUCCUCUUUAACCCUGACACACCUGGCCUCCAGACCGCUUCCUAUAUUAAAGGUUUGCAUCGGGAAGCUGAGCAGGCCCUCCAAGAGGCUUUGGCACUCCAUCACCCUGUGGACCGGGGCUGCUUUGCCCGAAUCCUACUUGUGGCCUCCACUCUUAAGUCCAUCCCUCCUGCCCUGCUCAGCUCUCUCUUUUUCCAUCCAAUGUUUGGGGAUGCUGACAUCACUAGCUUCAUUGUGGACAAGUUGUUCUUGACUUAA